UCUUUUUAAUAAUAGUAACUGCAAUUUAGUUAAUAUUACUUUCUCAUUUAUUAUUUGUGUAAAUUGUUUUUUUCCUUUAGUAUUCCGUCUAAAAAAGGGCGCCUAAAUAUUCUUCAAUAGACUUCAAGUGUAUUUUGUGCUUUAACGGGAGCAUGAGGGCACAAUCAUUUUAUACUACUCAGUGGUUAUAACAAUGUAUGAUGAUUAUAAAUAAAAACAGAAUUUGCAUAAAUUCAUCACAAGCAGGGUGAAAUUUACAUAAGUUGACACUUUCUAGAUUUGAGAGAAUAUGGAAGGAUCUCGAAUACUAACGCUGAGCUCUGGUGCCACUGUGGAGUUUAACAAUGAUUUUGUGGGUGGCUGACAGAACGAUGCCUCAAGAGUGACACCCUGCAUACCAGUUUCAUAAAUAAAACCCUGGGUGAAGAACAAAUAAAACUGCUAAAUGAGAUAGCGACCCUACUGAAUAUUAAUGUGUCCAACAAUGACAUGGAGAAAAUUAUGUGCUGGCUGCGGCGCAUAUUAUAUGUAAAGGCACAAUGUUACACUAGUGAAAACGAUUGGCUCAAAGUAGCUCCAGAUUGGCUGCUCGAAGCAGCGUUACGCCUGCGCUUGCUGCCCGUUGAACAGCUGCCGCAACCGACCGAGGGCGUGUUUAUCAGCGCAUGCGCCAUGAGGGCGUUGUUGCGGCGCGUACACGACACACGCGGCAAACUCGACGACCCGGUGCUUGAGCUCAUCUGGCAAGACGUGCGCCAGUCUGCAAUGUCGAAGCUGUGUUUACGUGUAAAUCAAGGGGACCGGGCUAUCGACCCAAAAAUUACCGCCAUGGAGUGGCGGGUUAUCGACCUCGUGCUGCUCCACUUUAGCUCAGACGAGUACCUACUAGUGACAGAGGACACUCUGGAGUCGUGCGCGCAGAAGUUCGCGCUGGUGGUGCUGUGCCAGCUGGUGCACGAGCACCGCCUGCACGAGUGCGGCGGCCGCGCCGAGCUCGCGCGCCGCUGGGGCCGCGCGCACCACGCCUACACGUCCAGAAAGUUCCACAUGUCGCUGGUGGGGCUGCAGCGGCGCUGGUUCGAGGUGCGGCGGUGCUCGAACGCGUGGCCAAAGUCCGCCUUGCGCACGCGAGUUCAACAGCUUGCCAGCAACUCGUCAGCUGCCUCCUACUCCUGGACUGAACUCGUCGCGGGCGGAAUGGUCUUCACUCACCAGGAUGCUGUCGAAAGCGAAAUCUUCCAUGCGACGUCAGAGUUGAAACUUAGCAGCGAGCCGCGUGUCUUCAUGGAAGAGAAUGGUGACGUCAUAGGCUCUGUAGAAAUUUCAAGAGAAAACACCAUGAUGAACUGUGCUUCUGACCCAAAAUACUUUGUGACGGACGGAAAUGACGUUGAACAAGCCCAAUCCACGAAGGCCACCAAUAAUAAUAGAUUACAGCGCAGGGCCGGCCGCUUCAGCUCCUUCCUUAUGUUUGAGUCUGAUGACGACCCGUGCUCUGAUGAUAAUUUGGAUAACAAUCCUAAUUCAUUAACAAAAGACGAUUCUGAGGAGGAUGUGAUUUCACUAUCAGAAGCCAUUCUGAGAAUUGAAUCUGAGGCCGUGACCGCCAAGAGACCGAAGUUGGCCAUACAUUCAAUAUCGGCUACGUUUGACCCAAAUUUUACAUCGUUUCCUUCGCCAAAUUUUCUUGAAGUAACACCCCUCCCAUCUCGUCCUCCUCUCGCUAACACCGCUCUAAAUACUGAACCAAUAGUAAUUCUGCCUGCUGAAAACUUUAAACUAGAAAGUGAAGAUUCAGAAUCCAUAAGUUUAUAUCCAAAUUUAGAGAGUUCUAAGGAAGCGUCAGGUUUGCCUGAAGUGCCUCCAGAGUCAGACUGCGUAAUGUUUCAAGAAGAGAUCGAUGAAAAGCUGUUAAUGAACGCCGUAGUAGUCAUCGAGAAGAUGGACAUUGAAAAGUAUAUGGACGAGCAACGCUCUGCAAGGAAGAGCGGCAAGAAAUCAAAAUCCAUUUAUGUGGAGGAAGACGAUGAGAGUUCGCGAGACAGCGGGUCGGAGUGGUCGCCGGAGAGCGCGGAGGAGUCCGCGGGCUGGAGCUCGGACGAGGCGUGCGACGGCCGCAUGGAUGAGGCGCUGCGCCCCGUCACGCUGCGCAACAUCGACGAGGUGCGCCGCCGCGCCCAGCGCAAGCUCACUGCGCAGGUCGCGCCCGUCACGCCCGCACCCGCCGCCACCGCCGCUACCGCCACCGCCGCUACCGCCAAUACCGCCACCGCCGCUACAGCCACUACCGCCACCGCCGCUACAGCCACUACCGCCACCGCCGCUACAGCCACUGCCGCUGAC